UGUAUGUAUUUUGCAAGCCAAUGCUCCGGGUUCUUCUGAUUAGGGUUUUCAGAUUUUCACUUUACUCUCACUUCGUAAUCCUCAUCAGCUGCAAAUGAUUAUUUCUUCCAAUCAAUAAUCGAAGAACACAACAUUCUAAUUCCUCUUGCGUUUCGUUUCGCUAGAUCGAUAAUCGAAAGUGUCCGGUGAUUCGAGGUUGUGUUCACAUAGGAGUUGUUUGUGACAAUGAGACGGCAGGGGCACUAUGGGGAUCCAUCUGCCAACACUUGUGUUGGUGGCCAGAUGCAUUAUAUGGCGGGUCAAAGGGCAGAGGCCAAGUCUGGUAAUUUUGAAGGACGGCUAGAGGCCUUUACUCCAGAGAGAGAGAACCCAUAUGCGAAUUCAAAGCCAGAGGGUCAGUGGAGAUGGGAAAUGGAUGAAUCAAAGAUGUCCAAUUCAAUGACAUCUCGUAGCAUGUUUAAUGAAGGUCAAGGGGUUGAUGCUUCAAAGUCCUAUUUUCAAGGGCAGAGCCGGAACAACAAUGAUUCCAGAUCUCAGGCUCACGAAGAAGAUAUGGAUGUUGGAUAUGAAGGAAAUCAUAUAUCACAAACUUUUGAAGGUCUUGAGCAGAAUUUUCGUGAUGACAUUAUUAAACUCACUAAAGAACAGAAUGACGCUGAAGAUGCAGAAUAUGCCAGGCACAGAGAGAAAAUAAAUGCAAUCAAUGCUCAGUACGAAGAAAAACUGGCAGCACUCCGAGCUCAGCAUAGCAGCCGCAGAGCUGAAUUUUUUCAAAGGGAGUCACAUGCUAGGCAACAGCAGUACCAGCAAAUCAUAAGGGAUCCUUACCCCAGCAGUGGAGUGGCACCCCGGGAUCCUCAUGCACCCCGAGACCCUCAUGGUUACAACAAUGUGAACGCUUCAGGUGCAGGUGCAGGUGAAGUGCAACGAGGCUUUUCUGCCGAUCACUUUGAUCCUUACAGAGAGAGAGCUCGAUUUCUUGGGAGUGGUAGAGAUCAAGGAUUUGAACCUAGAGGUCCAUAUCCUGGGGGCCGUGUCUAUGACACUGGUUCACGCUUCUACAAUUGAGUUUUGACCCGAAGGUUUAUCUUAUUGUGUUUCUACUGCAGGUGAAAUUGCUUAUAUUGUCAUAAUGUAUGUUUUAUCAUCUUGCCACCCCUUGUAACCCUGUUUGUGGAAAUUAACGUUUCUUAGCAGCUGUUGUUUAAGAUCAACAAUGGAGGUGCACACUUUACAUUGGUAUGGUGCAUUUAGAUGUAGGAUUUCUAGGAUAUUUGUUGUUUGUGUUUAUGAAAACCAAUAACAUUCAAAUCUAUGAAAUACAAUACCAUUGAAUUCAACUG